UCAAGUUUGAUCAUUACUUUAUCAAUCACAGCUUAAGAUUGCGAGAUUUUAAAAAACAAUCAAGCUAAAAAAACUGUUUUUCGUCACUUACUAAAGGCAGGAUUUUUAUGUUAAUUUACUGAUGCAUUCUUAGUCGUACUUCGGAUACGUUUUCGUCAUAAACCUCUCAAAGUCGAAGAAACGUGUUCAGCAGCACCAGCUCAGGCGGUGAUCAGCAGUCACUUUAAUUCUCUGCACAGCAAUUCUUGAAGUUGAAAUUGUUGAAAAUGAACCAAGCUUCUGCACUUGUCUUUCGUACCGAAAAGAGUGAUGACAAUGAUGCAUCUGAUAUCUGGGAUGACACUGCCUUAAUCAAAGCAUACGACAAAGCCAUUAAGUCCAUCCAGGGUAGAGGCAGCAAUGAAGAAAGUGGUGAGGUAGAGAAUGGCAGAAGCAGUGCCAGUAAUGCCAGCAGACGUCGCAAGAGGAAAUAUUACUCACACCACAAGAUGAACCGGAAGAAACAAGGGUGGAAAGUCGGUGAUCGUUGCCGUGCGACAUACACGGAGGACGAGUUCAUUUACGACGCCGUGAUUAAGCUCAUCGACAGUGACACGUCUACCUGUUGGGUGACGUACAUCGGCUACGGCAAUGAAGAGGAGAAAGAACUGAGUGAACUCAUGUCUGCUGGAUCGGAGAGUGCCUCCCCAUCGAGACCAGUUAAUGGAGACUUUGAGGCAGGCUAUGAAUCAAUGGACUACCCUAACCACACCCAAAGCCCCGCUCAUUCUGGGUCAGAGUUCAGGGGUCAAAACUACAACUCGUAUCAAGGUGCACAGGCCUGGCACCAACCUCACUCCCAAUUCAUUCCGCCUGGCCCCCCUCGGAUGCAUUGGCCGCCCCAUCCAAUGCAACCUAGCUUCACUCCACCGAGUAUGCCUCCAUUUCCUUACUAUCCUGGCAGUGGGUUUAUGCCCCAGGGUUUUGGAAUGCCUCAUAUACCCUCCAUGAUACCUCCUCCACCACCGAUGUCUACACCUCCCGAGGUACACCAAGAGGGUAAUGAGGAGGCUCUCCAUUCCAUGCUAAUGUCUUGGUAUAUGAGUGGGUAUCACACCGGUUACUACCAGGGAUUGAAACAAGGGAGAUCAUCCUUUCAUUCCGCCUCUCCUAGAAUGCCAGAAAGUAGAAGACAAUCAGAGCGCCAGUCAAGACCAAGAAAUAGUGGUGCUCAAUCUAGAUAGCAAUGGCCUCAUCUCAUCUUGUCUCAUCUACUGACAUUCAUCUCACAGUGUUUUUCUAACCAGGAGCUUCAAAGAUACUCCCAAGAGGCAAAUCUUGAAGAGAAAACUGAAUUGCAAAGAGUACUGUAUGUGAUGCGAUCGAGCUAAAUGAGUCACUGGCUGUGAAAAUAUCAGCUUGGAGAAGAAACAGGCCAAAACAAGCAAAUGGAUGUGAAAUUGUCAUCAUCAAAAAAAUGAUUUUAUUUUAAUGCAAAAUUUGUUUUUACUUUUUUCAACUUCCUUUCUGAUAAAUAAUAUCAAAAACAGGUUAAAAUUAGCUUUUCUGGUUGUUUCUACUCUCAUACAUGUGUAACUUUUGAACUAAAGGUGGUAUCAGCAUGGGGUUUUAAGGGUAUUAAAUCAUUAUGCUCGUUUCAAAUGUAUUGAAGAAAGAUAUUGAAUGUUCUUAGUCGACAAGCGACUUAUUUUGCUCGAGCGCAUCACUUAUAUUAUUUUCCACUUGCAACCUAUGCAACAACAAUAAGACGAGAUUAGCCCUCCAUCAGAGCUACCAACUCUCCCUCAUUCUGCAGAAAAUAUUCCAAAAAAAAGCAAAUCUUUCCGUGUUCUGUUGAGCUAGUUUGACAAUCGCCCUGAUCGUGGAAGCCUUUCCCCCGUUAUGUUGAAUGUAUAUUUCUUAAUAUCUCACACAUUGUUAUCUAUAUUGUGAAGGAAGGGGGGGUCUGCUGUUGUCUGGUCAUUUAUUUGUGCUGUCAACUGGAGACGAGUUAGUAACAAGUUAAUUCAAAUAGUGGACCCACGGUGUCAGGCCUGAAUUCUGUGCUUGAGAGGGCAAGGCAGUUUUUCCUUGGUAAGGGCACCUCUAUGAGGGAUGUGUAAAUCUCUUGACCGUUUGUACAACGCACUUACACACAGCUAUCCUGUCCACCAAUUUGCGAGUCAAAAAUAAUUGGAUUCCCAAAAUGGUACUACGCUCUGUACGGUUGUGCGUUCCAUGCAGUGCAAGGGAACAACAUUGGAACAUGUUUGUGAAGGGCACAAAGGCAGUGAUAUUAGGGGCAUAGAGGCAAGUGUUUCAGUUUGGUAGGAGGCCUGGGCUCGAUUUCGCAAAGCACCAAGGUUCAUCGUAAGACAAGUUGUCAGUAUCGCCAGUGAGCAACUACAAUUGAUUUGCAGUUAAGAUCAAUCGUAGCUCUUAGUGAAAUCGGCCUGUGGACUUCAUACCAUUGUAAAACCAGUUACAUGUAAUGUUUAACUUAAUACUAUUUUUAAUAAGCGUUUGUGUGAAAUAAAACUACGGUACAAAAAUUAUUGAUUUGUUUAUUUUUAUUUCGUGUUAAAUCUGUACAGGGGUAUAAACUGAAGUCAAAAAGCUACUUGCGGUGAUGUUUUGUACCAAGUUACAUAUCUGAUUGCAGAGAUGAAUACAACUCGGUUAUGAAAAGCAAAAUAUUUACAGAAUUUGUCAAGAAAUUAUUGUUUUCCCUUGUAAUACGAGAUUGACCCUUAGCCAUAAUGAACCAGCACCACGGACCUUUUUUUUUUAUGCAAAAAAAGAAGAAAUUGGUAGAACA